AUGAAGCACUCUACAAAACGUAAUCUGCUAACAAUAGUAGCACUAUUCGCUGCUAGUGUAACUUGUCGCCCAGAAAACGAGGCCAGUACCUACAACAAUCUGUGCACCAACGUAGUCACCGGAAUCCGGCAACAUCCAGUGAACUGCUACCAGUAUAUUGAGUGUGCCAAAUUUGUUGCCCAAGAGAUCACCUGCCCUGAGGGUCAAAUUUUCUCCAAGGAAUCGAUCAGCUGCGUCGAUGGUGACUGGAACACUUGCAAGGUGAGACCGACCUGCGGCGAAGGUUAUGUCGGCCGUAUGCAGAGUCCCGGUGAUUGCAGCAAAUAUUACAGUUGUGCCGGUGGAAGUGCUCAGCUCGAAUUCUGCCUGGAGGGUUACGUGUACUACGCACCGUUCCAGGUUUGCCUACCCGGAUACGAGGACCAUGGCGUAUGCAAGCUGUACUCGAUGGAGAGAUCGUGA